UGUGUGCAAGAUAUACGAUAUAACUCUCUCUGUAACAAGAGAGUAAUGAUCUAAAUAGCACAAUAUAAUAUCACAAAAGUAUCGUUUACGAGAUAUUGUAUGGGCGUGCAGAAACAGCAACAGUAAGUCAUAUGACAAGACUAUGUUUACCUUUAUAAACGGUGGAUUCACAAGCCAGCUUUGGUUGCGUGGAUUCGAGCUCAUUCGCAGAUCAAGAUUGGCAUCGACAUCGGUUAAAGUUUCGCAAAUUUCUGAAAAAAAAAAAGUUAUAGAACAAGAAAUCGCGGCCGUUGCAACAUGCAAGACGCCUACAAAAAUAAAAAGUAAAAUACCAAGGUCUCAAGUUGUUCGAGUAUAUCGAUGGAAUCCAGAAAGACCGCAUAUGAAGCCAUACAUGCAGCAGUUCACCGUGGAUCUAAACAAAUGUGGCACAAUGAUACUAGACGUACUAACUUUGAUUAAGGCACAGCAUGAUCCAACGUUGUCCUUUCGAAAGUCUUGCCGGGAAGGCAUCUGUGGAUGUUGUGCAAUGAAUAUAAAUGGCGUCAAUACUCUAGCUUGCGUAACAAAAGUAAAGCAAUCUCCGCAACCACUUGUACUGUAUCCUUUACCGCAUGCGUACGUAAUUCGAGAUCUAAUACCGGACUUGGAACAGUUUUUCGAUCAAUUUCGAAAGAUUCAGCCGUAUUUGAAACGCCCGGGUGAGGAAAAUUUCCUUGGUAUGCGACAACUUUUGCAAAGCCCAAGAGAUCGAAACAAACUCGAUGGCAUGUAUGAAUGUAUAAUGUGCGCAUGUUGUACAUUCUCGUGUCCUCCUUAUUGGUGGCUCGGCGACAAAUUUCUAGGUCCUUCGGUUCUUCUACAGGCAUAUAGAUGGGUGAUAGAUUCAAGAGAUUUGGUGCAUACAGAGAGAUUAGCUAAACUACGAGACUUUUAUUCAGUUUAUCGUUGUAAAACGAUCUUUAAUUGUACUAAAACAUGCCCGAAAGGCUUAAAUCCAGCAAGAGCAAUAGCGCAACUAAGACGUUUAAUAGCCGGUCUUACGAAGAAAGAAAACCCAGAUCUCAAAACGGGUCUUCCAAAUCUUUGCCAUAAAGAACAAGAGCACUAUUUAUGCAAAAAAGAAUAGGAAAAGAUAAUAUGUUUCGAAUAACGUCUCCCUUUUUAUUAUGUAAUGCUGUUUAUCACUAUGAAUAAAACAAAUACAAAAAAACAAAUAGAAAUGGUCAACUUCUUUUUAUUGGAAAUGUUUCGAUUCUUUUUAAAGAUUUUAAAGAUAACAGAAAAUUAUACCAUUUAAUACUAAUCACCAAUCUUUUUAUUGCGGUUAUGUAUUUAUUUUAUAUAUACACAGGAAGUACUCUAUAAAUCACAUUUUCUCAGACUUGUCACAAUACAUCAAAACAUAAAAGAAAGACUUAUCACUUACUAUCACUUACUCUCACGUGUAGAAAAUGCUUUUCAACUUGCCAUUUAUUUUCUGGUUUUAAUAUCAGUUAAGUUAAUUACAGAGAUACAGGAUGUCUAACGAAUGACAAAAUCGAAGAGUAAAGAUAAAUUGAGCAAUCUAAACAGAAGUCAUUUAAUUAAUUACUCAACAAUUACAGCAAAUUUUGCAAAAUGGUACAUGAUUCUUUGGAUAUUAAUCCAAUGUAUCUUCACACUUCGACUUGACCAAAAUUUUUCAUACAUGUGUGUGUGUGUGUGAGUGUGCGCGCGUGUGUGUGUACAUUAUAUAUGUAAGUAAACUGUUUUGUU